AGUCGAUUUAGACUUUGCAAUUUAGAGUGUAAGCUACCAAAAUAAACAAACUCGUCCAAAAGUUCCGCGAAAUUUCCGGCAAAAUGAUCAAAAAUCGUCUUUUCCUGUUGCUUCUGACCAGCAUCCUGAUAGUCGAAACGGCCCAGAUCACCAAAGACAACAAGGACAGUCCCGCGUCGUCGUCGUCAUCAUCGUCUGUGAAUCAGCAGCCGCACGAGUUCAAUCCGCUCGGGCCGCUGGUCAAGUGUUCCUUUCUGCCGUUGGAAUUCAUGGACUGCGACGAACCGCUGGACCACAAAGGUAAUCGCACAGCCAGGGACGAGCUUGGCCAUGGGUGCGUCAAGUUUGGUGGCGUCCACUACGAUGACGUCGAAACGACCAAGGUGCGCUGCGUGGUGUUCGAGAGCAUCGAAUGCUUCGGACCGCGGGAGUUCAUGCGGGAUGGGUUCCCUUGUGUCAAGUAUACGGACCACUAUUUCGUGACCACGCUGCUGUACAGCAUUCUGUUGGGGUUCCUUGGAAUGGAUCGGUUCUGCCUGGGACAAACGGGAACGGCCGUCGGGAAGCUGCUGACCCUUGGCGGGAUCGGCAUCUGGUGGAUAGUGGACAUUGUGCUGCUGAUAACGAACAAUCUGCUACCGGAGGACGGAAGCAACUGGAACAAUAAGGUCUAGUCACGUUGGAAGGUAAGAACAUUAACUAGUUUAUCAAAGCGCUUAGGUAAUUCCUGUUGAACAGAUUUGUGAUGCAAACCGUAAAACGGGGUGAAUAGAAACAAAUUACUUAUUGUAAAAAAUAUGGUAAUUAUGUUUUGAAGUCCAUCAGAAGCAAAGUAUCGAUUUUAGAAGCAAAGUAUCGAUUUAUAGGCAAAAAAAAACUUCCGCCAUUAAAAUUGCGUUUUAUCGAUUUGGUAUGUAUUCACAGACUAAAAUAUUUUUCGACAUUUGACAAUUUUUUCUUCAUUUGGUGAAUUAUUGUAAUCUAGUCUUAGAGUUUUAUUUGAAUUAAAAGUUAUUUCCGUCUUGAAAUUGAAAAAAAAUAUCGAAAAUUGUAAAAAGCUGUUUCUAUUCGCCCCAUUGCAGAGCGAAUAGAAACAAGCAACCUAGUCCAAAAAAGUUAACGAAAUAAAAAUUGGUUUUGAAUCCUAAUUACAGCAGUUAAAUAGGGAGAUGGGACUCAAAAUUGAGACCCUUGCAACUGACUUUAUUCCGCACGGUUCCAGAAAUACUUGCCCAAGUAUGCUGGAAGGUGUUUCUAUUCGCCCCGUUUUACGGUACUGGUAUCAAGUGGCUGGUGCGUUAGGCAUAAAGGACAUUGGCAUAGAAUUAUUUCAAAUAGUGAAUACAGGGGUUUUCAGCACUUUUGGCUCGCGGUGCACUUUUGGGAAAUGAAUUGCUUUGCGGUGCACCUGUUCAUUAUAGUAAAAAAAAAAACGAUUUGAGAGUUUCUUAAAAUCGCUGUUAUAUUUUCCAAAGUGUCUUCCUGGUGCAACGAUAUAUGUUGAAAUACUGUUUCCAUUGAUAUGAUAACCGUCAACCCCCGUUGUUUGAACGACUCCUCAUGCAAACCAACCAGUUUUAAAUUUCUUAAACUUCUAGUAACCCUAAGGGCGGUUUGCUGUUUUGUUUAAAUCCUGCGUUCAAACACGCACGACAGCGAGGUCGAAUGCGCGAAACAAACCAGAUGUCUAAACUGUGGGGGGGGAACCACCGAUCCGACGACCGAAGAUGCCCUGAACGAAAGAAGCAAACGAAAGUGAAUGAAGCGGUCCAGAAGAGAAGGAUAACACAACCAACGAUAACGAUUUGCUGAGAAGGUACGAGGAGUUCCCGGAACUAGGCGAAGACAACGAGCACGGGACGACCAGAGCUUGGAGAGGAGGAUGGAAGCCACACCAAGGAAGGAAGAAUAAUCAACGGAAAGGGGCCAAGAGACGACGCAGAAGCUCAUCGAGCGCCGGCUCUGAAACAUCGAGCAGAAGGGACGAUACAUCAAGAGACAGGACAGAGAUAGGAAAACUGAUAAGAAAGUCGAAGAGUUAGGGAAGAGGAUCAACGUGAUAGGAAGAAUCAUAAGACUGCAGAAAGGAGUGGAAGAAGAAUGUCAACAGCAACAAGACGAAACCAGCAUGGAGGCGCUGAUCAUCAGAAUCAACACGGUACUGAAGGAAAUCGUCACGGAAUUCGGGAAAACAUAACAGAAACUGAGAACCAUACAUAAAACGAGAAUAACAACAAAAACAUCAGCAGAAAUGGACA